UAUUGUUUUGAUUUCUCAGGUUGUGUUUCCGUUACACUCGUAGCUAUUGUGUCGACGUCAGAGACAUUUUUUAAAACCAGCAGUUCUCUCGAUGGUUUUGUGUUUUUAUCUCAGACCCGUACGUGACACAUUAGAAUGACGGCGUGGACCAGAUAACGAGCUUCCUGUCGAUAAAGAUGAUUUCUCCGAGAUAAGCUAACUUUAGCCGCUCGGCUAACGCAGCGUACGUAGCUUCGGUUCCAACAUGACGGGGACGAGGAGCUGUGUGUAGCGGGGACCGAGCUCCCACCGGACCGCACUGGGAUCCUGUUCUUCGGACACUGGUUCCCAGCACUGUAUUGGAAGUGAGCGAAAGUGUUUAACAUCGAGACGGCGAACAGUGUCGGGCCCUCUCUCUCUCUCGAUGGGUGAGGAAAAGCCAGACACGCUGGACUUUGUGAAGGACUUCCAGGAGUAUCUGAGCCAGCAGACCCAGCAUGUCAACAUGAUAUCCGGCUCCGUCAGUGGCGUGAAGGAUGCGGACGAGCUGCCGGCAGACUGCAGUCAGAAUGGCUUGGACCACCCCACAGUGGACAUGUCCCUGGAGGACAGUUCAGGGAUCCUCGUGGACGGCUUCGAGAGGACCUACGACGGCAAGCUCAAGUGCCGCUACUGCAACUACGCCACCAGAGGCACUGCACGACUCAUCGAGCACAUCCGAAUUCACACAGGAGAGAAGCCGCACCGCUGCCACCUCUGCCCAUUUGCCUCGGCCUACGAGCGCCACCUGGAGGCCCACAUGCGGUCGCACACGGGCGAGAAGCCGUACAAGUGUGAGCUGUGCUCCUUCCGCUGCAGUGACCGGAGCAACUUGUCGCACCACCGCCGCAGACGCCACAAACUCCUCCCGAUGAAAGGCGCUCGCUCACUCUCCCACAAGAAGAUGCUGAGUGUUUUACAGAAGAAGGCCAGCUCUCUGGGUUAUGGUCGCCGGCUGCUCAUCAACUUCAGCCCCCCGUCUAUGGUGGUGCACAAGGCGGAUAAUGUGAAUGACUUCUCUCACGAGCUGCCCCACUUACGUCAGGAGACCUAUGGUAAUCAGAGCGGCGUAGUCGAGGAAGGGCUCGCCACUAAUCAAAAUCAUAUUCCCCACAAUAUGAUUAUGGAUAACCCCCUGAACCAGCUGUCCACACUCGCAGGCCAGUUGGCCAGCCUCCCGUCAGAGUCCCAGGCCCUGACUCAACCUCCCCUGUCCCCAGGAGCAGAAUCCAUCGUCGAUGAGAAGCCAUUCCUCCUCCAGCCGCCCCACCUUUCCACAGCUCCUGGAGAUGUCACAGCCGGCGUGGCUCGCGCCUCAUCCCCAAUCACCCCAGAGCCCCGGGCUCCCCCCCACAGCAGCUGCAGCCCUGGAGGAGGACUCUGCAGCGAGCACAGUGGUCGCACCAGUACGCCCAGUGUCUCCAACAGCCAGCCCAGUACGCCAGCCCCAGGCCUGUCCGCCCCCCUCCAGGAGCACCACACGCUGCAUCACUGCCAGCACUGUGACAUCUACUUCCCCGACAACAUCCUCUACACAAUCCACAUGGGCUGCCAUGGCUACGAGAACCCAUUUCAGUGCAACAUCUGCGGCUACAAGUGCAAGAGCAAGUAUGACUUCGCCUGCCACUUUGCCCGCGGGCAGCACAAGUGACGGAUGGACGAGGAAACAUUUGAGCGAACUUUCAACAGACAGCUUUGUUUUUAUUAAUUCCACAGUAACUUUAUUUAUUGGUCUUUUACUUGGCCUUGAUGUAGCCUAGCCUUUGACCGUUAUACUUAUACAGGAAAAUGGCAAAUUCAGAUGGUUCCUUUUUGUAUAAUUAAAGGUGCCCAUUCAAGUGUAUUAUUAAGGGAUGAUCAGUGUUUUCGUAAAGGUUGAGAAUUUAUUUGUGGUGAUGGAGAGAGUCAUAUUCGUGGGAAACCGGGAAAACAACUAAUACACUAUUUAAUGAUUAGGUAACCAAUUCAGAACAUUAGUUGACUUUUUUUGACAUAGCUCAAAAAAAUAAUGCUCUGUUGCAGCUUCCCUGAAGUACGUGAUCUUAACCGAUUGCAUGACUUAUACAAUUUGUCUUCAAAAGGAAAUGCAUUCACUCACAAUGAUGCGAUCCGAUAGCAGAUCAUUAACCGAUUUACAGAUUAUUUGUAUUUUUGAUUGAAAACCAGGGACUGCUAAUUGUAUACCUUAUACCUUAUUAGAAUCAGGAUUGUCCAAACACAAAUCAUCCCUUUCAAGGGAUGUCACCAAUGCAAAGGGCUAUUGUUUUUUUUCUAGUUGCUAGGUGGAAUCUUUUUAUCGACUGAAACCCUGACAUCACCUCCCAGAGGAAACAUGACUGUAGCUCACCUGUGCCUGUCAAGAGAGUGAAGUGGGAGGUUCACUUUCAGAUACACAAACAAAGGGGAAAUCUGACUGGACCAUUCAAAUAAAUUCUCAACCCUCCCGGACCUAUAGAUAAAUAUUUCUCCAAUGCUUCUCACACAGGAGCCAAACUGUCAGACUUGAGUUACUAACUUAAGCCUUGUUGAAGUUUUUCAGUGCUUGGUGCAUUAAUACUAUUUCUUUGCAGUGCCUGACAAAGUCACCUUUCUUGUGUGUCCAAGAUAAAGAUGACUGUUACUUUUAAGAUUAUUAUUACACAUACCUCUUCUUACUGUAACCGAUAGGCCCAGAACCUUAGAAAAAAUAAGUUUGGCCGUCGCUCUCUAUGGCGGCCGUGACUAUUUUUCUUUCUUUUUGCCAAAAUUUUGCUCAAUAAAUGCUGCUAAUAAACUUUAAAAUCAUCUGUGCCAGCUGUACAACACAGGUGACACCCACGUUACCACCUGGCCAAACUUUGUACCAGUGAUUCUGGUCAGCCAGCAUAGUUGUUCAACUACAUUUUACUGACGUAUUGUUUUGAAGUUCCUCCACACACUUUGAAUCAUGUUACAUUCUGAUCUUUUGAUAUUGUAUGAAGUCACUUUAAUAUCCAGUAUCUCCAUGUUUAGGACAGAAUCACCAAGUCUUGUGUCUCAUGUGAUCACUUUUUUCAGAAUUGCCACGUAGCACUGGGAAUACCACGUUUUAGCCUUUGUGAGAUUCCCCCAUUUAUCAUAUGGAUCCCAGUGCUUUUCUGAAUAUUUACUGAGUAUUGUAUUGAUUGGUUGGAUUGAUGUUCAGUGUCAAAAAAGCAAAACCAUGUUGCAGUAAGACUGCUUCUUUAGCAAGAUUGUUCUUUGUCUCGGGUACUGUUGUCUGUUGCUUAGCAACAUGCGUGGAGAUCAUAGUUACUGUUUGUAGGACCCCCCCUCUCUGUCACCAUGCUAACCAGUAAUACGAGCAUCCAGUAAUGACUGCCUAAUGCGCUCUGUGUGUUGUAGGUUCUUAGGUGAAUGUUGAAGCCUCUUGGCAAUCACUCUCCCUCUGGGAUGGCAAAUCAUUUUAAUGUGAGAUAGAUAAACUAAUUUAUAAGUAAAGUGUUUUCUAACUGA